AUGCUGCAGAAGGCCUCUUGGCUUGUUGUUGUUGGUUGGUUUCAUCUUCUAAGAGAGACAGGUAAAGUUCUCUCAAUUGCUCACUCCUCUGCAUUUGAGAAGCAUAGUGUGGAGAAAGACGUUGCAGAGCAUAUAAAGAAAGAGUUUGAUAAAAAGCAUGGCUCCACUUGGCACUGUAUCGUUGGCAUAAACUUUGCUGAACAAAUUAAAAGGAUCUUGCGGUGUGGGUGGGUCACCUUUAGGAAAGUCAAGAGACAAAGGGCAGCUGAAGCAAAAGCUGCUGAAAUUGGUAUUCUCUUCGCGUGGGACUUGGGUUUGAAGGAGGUAGUGGUGGAAGGGGACUCUCAAGUAGUGAUGAAUGCACUUAAAGGGAAUGUUGUUCCUGCCUUAGCUAUCCAAAAGAUUGUUGAAGGCUCUAGGUGGUGCCUAAGUCAUUUCAAGGCGUGGAGGGCUGAGCACGUUAGGAGAAACAUCAAUGGGGCUGCACACUCUCUUGCUAGGAAUGCUUUGUUUGUUGAUGAUUGUAAUAUUUUGGUGGAGGAUACUCCCCCUGUUAUUGAACUCCAAAUUCAAAAUGAUGUAAUUGCAAUGGACUUUGGUCCUUAUCAGUGAUAUGUUUGACUAUCAAAAAAAAAAAAAAAAAAAAAGAGACAAAGGGCAGCAGCCCCUUUCUUUGGUAUUAUU